AGACAUUUCCUUGAAACGCCAGUCAGGACCCGGUCUUCAUAAAAUCACUACGUGCCCUUUUCUACCACCGCCUCCAAAAAAAGCGGUACGUCUCAAGCAGGAAGCGCUGUGAGUGCUCGUCCCACCCGAUCCACUUCACGGGACACGGUGAAAUGGGUCCUUGGCGUCCCGUCCCACGCACGGGCGGAUUAUAACAAUACAGACGAUAAUGGAUGAUGUCCACGGAGACGAGCAGAGGGGAGAGGAAAACGUGGAUGGUGUGACAUUUUUUGCCAAGAGCUCCAAAGGAAAGCUCAAAGGUGGCAGCAGGACUUCUGAGGAAACCGACUCCGCCCCCCACAGCAAAACAUCAGGCUCUGACAUGUACCGCUACAGGAUGGACUAUCCCAGCAUGGGAACCUGUGUGAUCAUCAACAAUAAGAACUUCCGCCCCAGCACGGGCAUGAGUGCUCGCAACGGGACGGAUGUGGACGCCAACGACGCUAUGAAAACCUUCUCGGCACUGGGUUAUAAGGUGAAAAUAGCCCAGGAUCAGACUGUGGACCAGAUGGUACAGCUGCUGCUUGACGAGUCCAAGAAGGACCACGGCAACAGUGCGUCGUUCGUGUGUGUCCUGCUGAGUCAUGGGGACGAGGGCUUGAUAUACGGCACCGACGGCUACGAGAAGUUAGACGUCCUGACGAAGUUCUUCAAAGGAGAUCGCUGCAGGAGUCUGGUGGGGAAACCCAAACUCUUCUUCAUACAGGCUUGCCGGGGGAUGGAGCUAGACGGAGGGUGCCAGAUCGAGUCUGACAGUGUGGACGCGCAGACGUUGGACAGGAUCCCUGUGGAGGCCGACUUCCUGUACGCCUAUUCCACGGCUCCAGGCUACUACUCUUGGAGGAACACCACUAAUGGCUCGUGGUUCAUGCAGUCGCUGUGCGAGAUGCUGCGGCGUUUCAGCGGCCAGCUGGAGCUGAUGCAGAUCAUGACCCGGGUCAACCACAAGGUGGCGCUGCACUUUGAGUCCUCCUCUAACAUGCCCGGGUACAGCGGCAAGAAGCAGAUCCCCAGUAUUGUGUCCAUGCUGACCAAAGAUUUCUACUUUCCUAAGAUCUCCGAUUGACUUCUGUUCUCUUUUACCUUUUGUAAAAGCAUUGAAUAGUUCAUGUAGAAGAGGAGAGCAUUAGCGUUAAUUGUGUGGGGGCUUCGAUGAGAACCCAAAUGCAUUAGGACACAUGGGAUCAGAUCAAGUCACAGUGAUCCUCAAUCAGGGGUUUUAAUGAUUUAUUUUUUCUGUAUUGUCUUCUUAGAAAAUGUUUGAUUAUCGGGUGUUGCAGAAAAAUAUACUUGGGGGUGGUGGGACAGUUUCCACACAUGCACGUUAGAGGUUGUGGAUGUGAUUUUAACAUAAUGCUGUAUAUUCAAAGAGUGAACAGCACCCACACUGUGUCUGCUUUGGACAAUUUUUGAAUCCAAUAAAUGUACAAAGUAAAAAUAUCAAACCAGAACUUUAAAAAGGUAGUGACCCGUUGCGUAUGUGGCAGUGAUGAAUGAAUGUGAUGAAUCGACCUAAAAUAAGCUGAACAACACACUGAUAAUUAUCCUAAUGCCAAUGAAAUAAAUAGCCCUAAUGUGGGAGAAUAUCUAAAAUGCUUAUUUCCUUCUUCAGGUGGUCAGUGAGGUAGUGCUCUGUACUCUGGCUGUUUAGGUCUGACUGAGAUUGAUUGAUUCAGAAAAGAUAAAGGGAUAAUACAAUUACAGACAGUUAUUGGAAUUGUUAUUGGAAAAACUAAAGUAAAGUUUAUUUCCACUGUGGUCUUUGUUUUGUCAUGUCCACACAGACCGUCACCAUGGAAGCACCGAGAGACAAAAAUGUGUAAAAGUGUGUUUACCUUCCAUGGAACUAAAUCUAAAGGUGUAACUCAGUUGAUUUUAUAUAACCGGAAACUGCAUCCGUAUCAGACUUUAGACCCAUUUCACUUUUUUUGCCAGUCCUAAAGUGUAUAAAGAUGAAGUACUAUCCUGCCAAACUUAAUCCUGCCAAACAUAAUCAAACUAAACACCCAGUAAAGAUAAUUGAUAUGAUCCUGUUUAUUGGGGCUGCUUUUCAUGACUCCUCAUGAUCUAUUGACACAUUGACCACUGCAGAUAAACGAAGCGAUGGCGGGUCACCGC